ACUUCUCAUGUGGUGGUGGUGGUUUGAGACCAAUGUCCCAUGAACGACAUAAAAGCAUUUUAACUGUAAGAAACACCUCUCAAUACAGAUUAGAUGUUAAUAACUCGACGACAACCUAUGGUUUCUUCUCUUUUUUUUCUUCGUUUCUAUUCUCUACCAUUCAAAUUCAACUAUCAACAUUUUCCCACCAAACCCAUUUCCAACUAUCACAAGCUACUUUCUGGAAAUUUGAGUUUUGCUGCAUUCAGCAACACUGCAUUAAACUAUGCCCACAACUACAAUGAACUUCCUGAGAAGGAAAAUGAAGUUGAUGCAGGUGGAAUUUCUUUCUUGCAUCUCAUGGAAGAACGUGGUGUUCGUGCAAAUUCUCAAACUUUUUUGUGGUUAUUAGAAGGGUGUUUAAAUUCUGGGUCGUUUUCUGAUGGUUGGAAGCUUCAUGGCAAGAUUCUGAAGAUGGGUUUUUAUGCUGAAGUGAUUCUGUGUGAACGUCUUAUGGAUUUUUAUCUUGCAUUUGGUGAUUUGGAUAAUGCAGUUAAGAUGUUUGAUGAAAUGUCUGUUAGGUCUUUAUCCUGUUGGAAUAAGAUUCUUCAUAGGUUUGUUGCAGAUAAGUUGACGGGUUGUGUUACGCGUUUGUUUCAGAGAAUGAUGAAGGAAAAUGUGGAGCCUGAUGAGAAGACUUUUGCUGGGGUUUUGAGGGGUUGUAGUGGUACUGCAGUUUAUUUUCGCUUUGUGGAACAAAUACAUGCUAAGACUAUAACUCAUGGUUUUGAGACUAGUCCUUUUAUAUGUAACCCUUUGAUUGAUAUCUACUUUAAAAAUGGUUUUCUGAAAUCUGCUAAGAAGGUUUUUGACAAUUUAAAAGUGAAGGAUAGUGUUUCUUGGGUGGCUAUGAUUUCUGGUUUAUCGCAAAAUGGGUAUGAAGAAGAAGCAAUGCUUCUGUUUUGUCAGAUGCACACAUCAGGAAUUUGCUGCACUCCUUAUAUUCUUUCAAGCGUGCUAAGUGCCUGUACAAAAGUAGGAUUUUUUAAUCUCGGGGAGCAGCUUCAUGGCCUUGUUUUGAAGCAGGGAUUCUCUUCUGAAACAUAUGUUUGCAAUGCACUAGUGACAUUAUAUUCUGGUUUGGGAAAUUUGAUAUCUGCAGUGCAGGUUUUUAAUGCAAUGUCACAGAGGGAUCGAGUUUCGUAUAACUCACUCAUCUCGGGUCUAGCUCAACAAGGAUAUAAUGAUAGAGCUUUAAAGUUGUUUAAGGAAAUGCAUCUUGAAUGCUUAAAGCCUGACUGUGUUACGAUUGCUAGUCUUUUAAGUGGCUGUUCAUCAACUCAGUCUCUUCUGAUUGGAAAACAAUUCCACUCGUAUGCGAUAAAGGCUGGAAUGACUUCAGACAUUGUCGUGGAAGGGUCACUGCUUGAUCUUUAUGUAAAAUGCUCGGAUAUAAAAACUGCGCAUUAUUUUUUUGUUGCAUCUGACACUGAAAAUGUGGUGCUGUGGAAUGUGAUGCUUGUAGCUUAUGGCCAGUUAGACAAGCUAAACGAGUCGUUUCAAAUAUUUACGCAGAUGCAGAUAGAAGGCAUUGUACCUAAUCAAUUCACCUAUCCAAGUAUUUUGAAAACUUGCACUACUUUGGGAGCUCUUGAUCUAGGGGAACAAAUUCACACUCAAGUAUUGAAAACCGGCUUUCAGUUCAAUGUGUAUGUCUCUAGUGUGCUUAUUGACAUGUAUGCUAAACAUGGAAAACUAGAUACUGCCCUGAAAAUCUUUAGAAGACUAAAAGAAAAUGAUGUUGUUUCGUGGACAGCUAUGAUUGCCGGGUACACACAACAUGAUAAGUUUGCUGAAGCUCUUGACCUCUUUAGAGAAAUGCAAGAUCAAGGGAUACAAUCUGAUAAUAUAGGAUUUGCAAGUGCAAUAAGUGCAUGCGCAGGUCUCCUAGCACUUGAUCAAGGACGACAGAUUCAAGCACAGUCACAUGUAUCUGGUUACUCAGAUGAUCUUUCAAUUGGUAAUGCACUUGUUAGUCUUUAUGCUAGGUGUGGAAAAGUACGAGAAGCAUACUUUGCUUUUGGUCAAAUAUUUUCCAAAGAUAAUAUAUCAUGGAACUCAUUGAUAUCUGGUUUUGCUCAAAGUGGAUAUUUUGAGGAAGCACUGAAUAUAUUUGCUCAAAUGAAUAAAGCUGGACUAGAAAUUAAUUCAUUCACAUUUGGCUCGUCGGUUAGUGCUGCCGCCAAUGUUACUAAUGUUAGACUAGGGAAGCAAAUUCAUGCCAUGAUUAGAAAAACUGGCUAUGAUUCAGAAACCGAGGUUUCUAAUGCUUUGAUCACGCUAUACUCAAAAUGUGGUUGUAUUGAUGACGCCGAGAGACAGUUCUUUGAAAUGCCCAACAAAAACCAGGUUUCGUGGACUGCCAUGAUUACUGGUUAUUCCCAACACGGUUGUGGAUUUGAAGCGCUAAGCCUUUUUGAGGAUAUGAAAUGGUUUGAUGUAUUGCCAAGCCAUGUCACCUUUGUGGGAGUUUUAUCGGCAUGUAGUCAUGUGGGUUUGGUGGAUGAGGGAAUUGGCUACUUCCGAUCAAUGAGCGAAGCUCAUAAUUUGGUGCCAAAACCUGAACAUUAUGCAUGUGUCGUAGAUCUUCUUGGGAGGUCUGGUCUUUUAAGCCGUGCAAGGAGGUUUGUUGAGGAGAUGCCAAUUCAACCGGAUGCAAUGGUGUGGAGGACUCUUUUAAGUGCUUGUAAUGUUCAUAAGAAUAUUGAUAUUGGAGAGUUUGCUGCAAGUCAUCUUCUUGAACUGGAACCGAAAGAUUCAGCAACAUAUGUUCUGCUUUCAAAUAUGUAUGCAGUGUCUGGGAAAUGGGGUUGUAGGGAUCGGACAAGGCAAAUGAUGAAAGAUCGAGGUGUUAAGAAGGAGCCUGGUCGUAGCUGGAUUGAGGUUAAUAAUUCUGUUCAUGCAUUUUUCGCUGGUGAUCAAAAUCAUCCACGUGCAGAUAUGAUAUAUGAAUAUAUCAGAAAUCUGGAUUUUCUGGCAGCUGAAAAUGGUUAUGUACCGCAGUGCAACAGCCUUCUGAGUGAUGUAGAAAUACGUCAGAAGGAUCCGACAGAAAUCAUUCACAGUGAGAAACUGGCAAUUGCUUUUGGAUUGCUCAGUUUGUCUAGCUCCACACCUAUUUAUGUUUUUAAAAAUCUUCGUGUUUGUGGGGAUUGCCACAACUGGAUUAAGCAUGUAUCUAAGAUAUCAGAUCGAGUGAUCAUAGUGAGAGAUUCGUAUCGCUUUCAUCAUUUCAAUGUCGGCAUUUGUUCGUGUAAAGAUUAUUGGUAAGAUGGAAGAAGUUUGACCAAAAUGAAUGAAUCCCUCAAGGCUUGUGGUGUGGACAACCAUUUUAGACAAGUGCGGAAGAUAAUUUUUAUUGGUCGACCAUGCCUGUUGUAAAAGCUUCAGGUGAAGUAUGGUUGAAGAAUUUAACACACGUUUGGUUGCACGGCAUGUUUUUCCCGUUUAGCCAAAAUUGCAGCAAAUUUUCCACGUCCAAGUAGAAGCUUGGAUUUCCAGCUUCUGUGAAAUCGCAGCAAAGGCCUGGUUGAACGCGUGCGUAUGGUGGCUCCGACGCCUAACCAAACAUAUCAUAAAUGGAAGAACUCAGUGAUACAGUGUGAUUCAGUGACAAUCAGAGUAUGUUUCAGCAAUCAACCUUGGUAAAAAUCCCAUUGCUCAUGAGAGAAGUAAACACAUAGAAACACAAUUUAACUACUUGAGAGACCAAGGAGGCAAAGGAAACUUAAAACUUGAAUAAUAUUGUAUAAGUGAAGAUCAAGUAGCAGAAUACUAACAAAAGCUGUGAAGAUUGGAGUGUUUAAGAAACUAAGAAAUCUCGUAGGUGUAGAGUCUUUGUCUAAUAUGAAUUAAGAUGGUGUGUUGUAAAGUUAGUAGUUAAAAGUCAGUGAGUUUUCUGUUUUUCAUGUGACAGUUAUGUGAAGUACCCGAUAUGGGAUUAGUAGUAUCUCAAGUGUAUACCAAAAUGAUGAUAUCAAUAAAAGAAGUGUGUAUGCAAAGUGUAUAUUCGGUGAAAGAACAUUAUCUCAACUUUC